AUGGAAAAGCUGAUCCGAGAAAUGCAAGAUUCUGACAUGGGCGUUCCUGUGCGAAGUCAGAAAACAUUUCUCAGUUCAAUUCCCUGCGCAUUUUUAGGUUAUGGAUGUGGUGGAAUGGCUGAUGGAUAAUCUUCAGAUUGAAGAUACAGCGGAAGCUUUACAUCUUGCUAAUUUACUUUGUCAGCAUGGUUAUUUCUUCCCCGUUAAUGACAAUAAACCAUUAACGAUUAAAGAUGACAGCACAUUAUACAGAUUUCAAACUCCUUAUUUUUGGCCUUCUCAUCAUCAACCUAAUAAUACAGAUUAUGCUAUUUACCUUGUCAAACAAACAAAGAAAAAUAAGCAGAAACAUAAUUUAGAAGAAUAUGAACAGGAAGCAUUAGCAAGAUUAAAGAAACUAUUGUGCCACAAAUGGGAAUUUAUAUGUCUUCAAGCAGAAGAACAGGCAAAUUUAUUGAAAGAAAGGAAGAAAACGGACAAAAUUGUCUUAGAAAGUCAAGAGAGAGCGUAUUGGCACGUUCACCAGCCUCCUCCUGGUUGUAUUAAUUGUUUGGAACAGAGUCCAAUUUCGAAUAAGAGAACUAAAAGGAAGAAAACAGUCAAAGAUUUAAAGUUGGAGAUAGAAAUGUUGAAUAAUAAUUUGACAAGAUCUAGAUUUAAAGUCUCUCAAGCUGUUGAAAGUUUGAUUCAUUGGUGGGAAUCUUAUUCCGAAUUUGACCCCUUUCUAACUCCUGUUCCGCCAAGUAAUCCCUGGGUAACGGAUGACACAACGCUUUGGACAAUCGAUGGCAGGGUAGUGGACCCUCCAACAGAGAAACGUGUCAAAAAAUGGGCAAUAUCAUUGGAAGAAAUGCUCUCAGAUCCAAGAGGAAUGUAUGAAUUUGAACAAUACUUACGUAAAGAGUACAGCUAUGAAAAUAUAAAAUUUUGGCAGUCUGUGCAAGAUUUACGACAUGGUUGUCAAACAGAAGUUAAUGAAAAAGUGAAAGAAAUAUACGAUGAAUUUCUCUCUCCAAAUGCACCAUGUGAAGUCAAUUUGGAUAGUAAAACAAUAGAAAUUACUCAAGAAAGAAUGAAGCAACCAAAUCGUUAUACUUUUGAUUCUGCUCAAAUGCAUGUGUUUUCAUUGAUGAAAAAUGAUACCUAUCCUAGAUUCAUUCGAUCUGAUCAUUAUCAUAAUCUUAUUGUGAAUGCAGUACAACCAAGUGCUAAGAAAAAAUUUUGCAACUUUGGCACAUCAGUGAGAAAAAAAUCUGCACCAACACCUAGCACAAGCACUAAGCACAGAGGUAGUAGUGGUCAGUUAUCAGGAAGCAUCAUAGAUUUAACCCCAGGUCUAAUGGAUAAAAUGAAAUGGCCCUUUUGCGGAAGGCACUCUCAUAGCACAAGUGAUUUGCACGAAUUAGGAACUCCACACGAUAGAACUGCAUCUAGCACUAUGUCAUCUCCAUCUGGUUCUCAUGAACACAUGAAUGAGGCAGCUCACAGCAUGCUUCAAGUUCCUCGUUGGACACACAGAGGAAGCGACAGUACAGUACUGGAAGAUCCAAACCUUGGAUUAUUCUUAGCAGUACCUAGUCAGAUUAAGAGUUUAGUAGCACCUUGGGAAACAAAAACAUGAUCUCAAUUUCCAUUUAACAAAUGCAGACAAGUUAUGGAUGAAGUAUGAGAUGUGAUAUGGACUAUUUACUUAUUUAUUGUGCCAAGAAUUCUGUAAUGUAUAUUUUUGUUAAAUUAAUUUGUGAAAGUGUUUACUAUAAUUUUAUUUGUUAUUUUUCCUAAUAUAUGCAUAAGGCAAAGCACAAAAAAAAAUUUAUUUUUUGGCAAAAAUCAAAAGAUGUAUCAGCUACUGAAAAGCAAACGAAUAGAUUGUUUACUAAGACUAAUUACAUGAGAGUCCUAUUUUAAAACUGUGAUUAGGCAAGUCUUCCUUCAAAAUAUACUUAAUAUUUAAGAUUGCAAAUAUGACAAUAGUCAACAGAAAUAAAUAUAAAAUUUAAAUUGACAUAUUUUUAUUAGAAACAAGAUAAAAUUUCUCUAAUUGAUAUCAGCUCCAUUAUUAAAUGUCAUCAAGUUUCAAAUUUUAUAAAUGUUAGUGAUUAGUAUAAUAGAAUUUUUGAAAGUAAGAAAUGUACUUAAUAGCAUCAACAUUUAUUUUGUACUGUACAUAUGAACAUUAUAUGCAGUCAAACAAGUUGCACUUUGAUAAUUUAAAUUAUAAAAACAUUAGAUAUGAUUGAAAUGAAGUUAAUUAUAUUAUUAUAUACACAGAUUACUGGUUUAUUCAAAUAGCACAGCUAUUAUUUCAAACUACAUAUAUUUUCUUUGCAGUUAGUUCUUUAUUAAAAAUGGACAUUAAUUGGAUAUGUGCAAUAAAGUAUUUAAAUAUCUAUUUGAGGGCAGUUAUUACUUCAGACUAAGACAAAAUGUCAUUAUUAUUUGAAUAAUACCAGUAUGCUGUGAACUUAUUGUUAAUGAUUGAUUUUGAUAGACAUAUAUAAGAAUAAAAUUAGAAUUAUAAACACAAGAUUGAAUUCAAUUAUUUUGACUGCACAUAAUAUAUUAUGAUACAUUCACACAAUGUAGUUUGUUGAUGUGUUAAAAUUUCAAAAAAUUAAGAUUGUAAUCGAAACAUUGAUUCAGAUUCUUUUGUAUACAACAGCAAUUGGUAGUGUGUUGACCAAUAUGACAAUCUUCUAAUGAUUGGAAUAAAUACAUAUUUUAGAUAUUAACAUUUCCAAUAUUCAAUAUAUUAAAGAAUAAAACUUAAAAAAAACUAUUUUCUUUUCAGAAAACUUUUAAAAAACACUAGUUAAAUUCUUAAUAUCAGUGAUAAUAGUAUUCAAUACAAUUACCACUCAUUCCUUUGAGGAAUAUAUAAUUUAUAAAAUGAAACAUUUUAACAGUAACUGAAAUUAAUUAAGAAAAUAUUUCAUAUGACAAUAUUGAAAUAUUCAUCUGUCUAAUAUAAGACAAAAAAAAAUUUAAAAAAUGUAUAAUUUUUAUUAUAAAUUGCUAUUCUGAAACAAUGAGUGCUUUUAAAAAUGAUUGUUAAAAAUUUUAUAAUAGCUAAAACUCUUUCUGAUAAGGCUAUUUAUAAAUCCAUAUAGAUUUUCAGAUCUGUUUUGUCUUAUUCUGUAAUAUAUAUGAGAAUAUAAAUUACUGCAUACUAAUUUAUUUCAAAAUAACAAGAUUCAUCUAAUUACAACUGCAUAUAUUAAAAUGAAAUUUAUUUGAAUUAAGCAAAUUUAUGGUGCAAAGUUUUUUUUUUGGUCUAUUCCAAAAACUAUGCUUGGCUACAGGAAAAAAUUAUAUUUACUUUAAGUGAUUUUAUUAUAAAAUAAUUUUUUUUGUUCAUUCAAUCAAA